UGGUGUUCGUCAGCUGCUGCUGUGGCUCCUCUCCUCCCUGGGUGGGCGCAUCCGAUCCCACGAUCGUCGUCGCCCCUAACUCAACAACAACAUCUCUCCUCCCUGGCAGCUGCUGUGCAUCUCUGAUCUCCAAGCUCCCCUCGUUUGGGUACAUCUCUGAUCCCCAAGCUCCCCUCGUUUAGGUACAUCUCUGAUCUGCAAGCACCCCUCAUUUGGAUUCAUCUCUGAUCCUUGAGGACCCCUCAUUUGGGUACAUCUCCGAUACCUGAGCUCCCCUCGCUUGGGCACAUCUCUGAUCCCUGAGCUCCCCUUGCUUGGGCACAUCUCUGAUUCCCAAACUUCCCCCAUUUCGUAGAGAGAACCAGAUUCUGGUUCUGGCUCCUGGUAUGCAGUGUACCAACGUGUAGGCUCAGAUUAAAUUUUUUCUGUUUUAUAACUAUCGUGUGAGUGGGUGUUGUGACUGCAAGUAAAUAAAGCUGUCACUGUAAGGGCUCUGCCACACCUGCUGGUCUCUCGUGCUCCCAAGAUGAGGACUCUGCAGCACUUGCUGGCCUCUCGUGCUGGCAUUCAUGCUCUGAAGCCAUUUAGAAAUGUACGUAUAAGGGAUCUUGCAAAUUCCACUACCACCAGUACACUAGAUAAUGAAUCAAGCACAUCAAGUUCAGAUGAAUCCAAUGGUAGCUCAAGUUCAAAUGGAUACAGCACCAAUGACACAAAAUCAAAUUCUACAUAUGUUGCAGAAGAGGUAGCAAAGUUUCGAGCACUGGCAGACUCGUGGUGGGAUUUACAUGGUGAUUUCAAGCCUUUACAUUCUAUGAAUAGAUUAAGGGUGUCGAUGAUUCGAGAAGGCUUAGUACAAUCACGCAUUGCUAAACCAGAACAUGUUGAUGGCCCCAGACCACUAACAGGAUUAAAGAUUCUUGAUGUAGGAUGUGGCGGUGGGAUUCUGUGUGAGCCUCUAGCGAGACUGGGAGCAAGAGUUACUGGUGUGGAUGCUGCUGAGGAGAACAUCUCUGUUGCUAGAUUACAUGCUGACCAAGAUUCAAGAGUUCAGCAAAAUGUUGAAUAUAUAAAUGGAACGAUAGAAGAAUUCAAGCAGAACAGUGAUGAUAAGUACGAUGCAGUGAUUGCCUCUGAAGUGUUGGAACAUGUUGCUGCUACCAAUUUCUUUAUUCAGUCCUGUGUAGACACACUCAAGCCAGGUGGAUCGUUUUUCUUGACAACCAUAAAUAAGACGACAUGUGCUUGGCUUGGUGCUAUUGCUGUUGCUGAGCGUGUGCUUCAUAUAGUUCCUCCUGGAACUCAUGACUGGAAUAAGUUUGUUCCUCAUCAAGACCUUCUUUUUAUGCUUGAAAAAAAUGGCUGUGUGACUCGUCUGGUUCAUGGAAUGGCAUACAAUCCCUUGGUAAACAAGUGGUCCUGGCUGUCUAAUACAUCAAUCAAUUAUGCUGUUCAUGCAGUUAAACAAUGUGACGACAACUGGUGAUGAUAGGCUUCAAGAUGACUGGAAUUACGAAACAUUACCGAUUCCUUUCCCCUUAAAACUUAAACUUGUUCAGAAUAUUUAGGAAGAAAUAAAGAAUAAACAUUUCUUAAAAUCUGUAGAUAUGAAUUUGAAAUUCUGUACUGUAUAGUACCUUUUUGACAUAUCGUCUUAAAACUAAAAGUUUGUGCUAAUUUUCUUGUUUAAAAAGCAGUGUUUGUUUUAUAUUGUAUAUAGUCGUCCUGGAAUGUAUAUUUUUCCUUGAAUGCACAUUAUUUAUUUGCCAGUAAAAUGUUAAACAUAAAUAUA